AUGUCCGAGUCAAGUUCCCUCCUCCGCCAGGAUUCGGAGGGGCCGAGGUCUCUCCAAAAUCGUAUUCUCGACAUCUUCCGCAAUGGCCACAGCAGAAGACCUUCUCCGGGUCCGGAUUCUGGAGAUGAAGGUAGAGACAUCGCAGGCCUUGGAGUCAAUCGCACGAGCGAACCUGACGCCAGAACCCGCUUGUUGGAGUCGUAUCACCAGUCUGAUCCCAUUUGUGGCGAAAGGCGUUGUAGCCAUGGCACCUUCUCUCCACGACCCGAGGAGCAGCCAGCGGCGAGCCAGAAUCAGGGGCUGGAUUCGAGCCUUCUCUUCAAUCUCAAUGGAAAUGGUGACCAAGGGAUGAGCACAGCCCAGAGUUAUGGCAGUAUUGGACAGCCCGAAUCACGGCCCGAGUCUGAUUUUACGCCGCAAAUGAAAUCGUCUCUUUCGGCACUGUCGAUGAACGAUGACAAGAAGCAAUACAUUUCGUACUAUAUCCCUUUUUUCAACUGGAUCGGUCAAUAUCAAUGGUCAUUCCUUCGCGGUGACUUGGUCGCUGCACUCACAGUAUCGUCGAUCUAUAUUCCGAUGGCGCUGUCACUGGCAUCCAACCUUGCUCACGCGCCACCCGUCAACGGUCUUUAUUCCUUCGUGAUCCAUCCAUUCGUCUAUGCUAUCCUGGGAAGCUGCCCUCUCUUGGUGAUCGGACCAGAAGCGGCGGGAUCACUCUUGACGGGUGCGAUUGUGAAAGCCAGUAUGCCAAGCAAUAGCCCUCAAGAUGAUGAUCUCAUGGAGAGCGCCAUCAUUAUCGGCAUUUCGACGGCCAUGGCGGGAUCCAUGAUCCUCGUGGCCGGAAUCACUCGUCUAGGAUUCCUGGACAAUGUCCUGAGUCGGCCUUUCCUCCGAGGCUUCAUCACCGCCAUUGGCUUCGUCAUCUUCGCCGAUCAGUUGAUUCCGGAGCUGGGCCUCGCGGACCUCGCCAAAGAGGCGGGGGUCAGCCACGGCACGACUGUCGAGAAGCUCACCUUCAUUGUACGGAACGUUGGAAAGAGCCACGGUCUGACAGCAGCAGUCUCACUCAUCAGCUUCUCCAUCAUCAUGUUCUUCCGAACAUUGAAGAAGUGGAUGAUGCCUCGCUUCCCUCAGGUGAUUUAUUUCCCAGAUCGCUUCAUCGUGGUGGUUCUAUCAGCCGUGCUAGCCUAUACCUUGAAGUGGGAGAAUAAGGGUCUUGAACUGCUCGGACACACUGAGAUCAGCUCCAGCCAACUCUUCACCUUCCAGUGGCCGUUCCGCUUCAGCCAUAUGAGACACGUUCGUACAGCGAUGAGCAAAGCUUUCAUCAUCACGCUGCUCGGCUUCUUCGAAUCGUCAGUUGCCGCGAAGGGACUCGGAGACGGAAAACCCGACGGGAUCCAGGGAAUGCACAUGAGUGCGAACCGAGAAAUGGUAGCGUUGGGCGUAGCAAACGUGCUUGGCGGUUGCUUCAUGUCUCUUCCGGCGUUCGGCGGAUACGGUCGAAGCAAGGUCAACGCCCAGACCGGUGCGCGCACACCGAUGAGCAGUAUCUUCCUAAGUCUCAUCACUCUCUUUGCCAUUCUCGUGCUGCUACCAUAUCUUUCGUAUCUUCCGAAAGCCGUCUUGUCGUCGAUGAUAUCCGUCGUCGCCUACAGUCUUGUUGAAGAGUGUCCCCACGAUCUCAUCUUCUUCCUCCGCCUCCGAGGCUGGACUGAGCUCACCCUCAUGUUUCUGAUCUUCACCGCCACGAUAUUCUACUCCCUCGAGCUCGGAAUGGCAUUGGGGAUCGGAUUAUCCGUCAUCAUUCUCAUCCGCCACGCCACUCAGCCACGGAUUCAGAUCCUCGGCAAGGUCCCUGGCACUCAGACCCGUUUCGAGAACGCCGAACUUCAGCGGGAAAAUGUGGAACUCAUCGAGGGCGCCUUGAUCGUCAAAAUUCCAGAACCUCUCACCUUUGCCAACACAGGCGAUUUGAAGAAUCGUCUUCGACGCUUGGAGCUAUAUGGAUCAAGCCGGACGCAUCCAUCUCGUCCUCGCAUGCGACCUGCGGAAAACAACAAGAAUAUCAUUUUCGACGUCCACGGCGUCACGAGUAUCGAUGGUUCCGGCACGCAAGUGCUCUAUGAGAUUGUCCGUGCGUACACAGAGCAAGGUGUGCGGGUGUUCUUCUGCCGCGUUCCCACCUCGAGCGUGUUUCGGAUGUUUGAAAGGAGCGGUAUUGUUGAACAAUGUGGCGGUCUCACGCACUUUGUGCCUCGCGUCGACGAAGCGUUGCGGUUGGCGGAGAUUGAGGAGCAAAGUGAUAUGUAG